CGGGGCUCGCCUCUGACAUCAGCAUGAAACCGGCCAUAAAAACAGUGACUGGAGGGGACUCUGGCUCAGACAGCAGGCACUCGGCUCAGGGGGACGGCAGCUGGGCACCUUGCCUCGCCACACCUCGCUGCGUCAGAGGCCGUCAUCUUCGUGGCACCGGCUGGAAGACCCAGGGGCUGGGAGGCUUCAGGGCCAAGCCACAGCAGCUGGAGAGUGCCGGGGAUGAAGCUGGGUGCUGCCUGCCUCCUGUGCCUGCUGCUCGCCUGCCUGACCCUGCCCGUCACUCACUGCCGCAUCCAUGAGCGCUCCAUGGAAAUCAGGAACCCGGACAUCAACCCCUCCUGGUACACGGGGCGCGGGAUCAGGCCGGUGGGGCGGUUCGGGCGGCGGCAAGCCCUGGGCGAGGGCACCCAUCCUGGGGGUGCCAGCCAGUGGCUAGCCUGUGCCCCACCCCACCCGCACCCCCAGCCCCCCCGGGAGGAGUGGAGCCCCUGA